CCUUUCCGCGAUGACAGCUCGCGCUGUCCACAGGCAGUUCGGGACUGUGGAGCUAACGGGAGUCGCGCUGCUAUAAGUAAAGACACUCGACCGGGACAUAAAGGCGGUUUUGGACGAAAGGACGGCGGUGCGGAUAAAUUAAGGAGGCACACAUACGUCUCAGUGGUUGUGGCCCUCGCUGGCUGAAUUGGCCAACAUGGUACAACCGGACGUUCACACUCUGGCUCAUCACCUGAAGCAGGAGCGCCUCUAUGUGGCCUCAGAGAAGCAGCUCAUCCAGCGGCUCAAUGCUGAGGUGCUCAAGACCGCUGAGAAGCUGUACCGUGCCGCCUGGAUUGCAAAGCAACAGAGGAUCAACCUCGACCGGCUCAUCCUCACCAGUGCCGAGGCCUCCCCGGCGGAAUGUUGCCAGCACGCCAAGGUGCUGGAGGACACACAGUUUGUUGAUGGGUACAAAUCGCUGGGCUUCCAGGAGAGCAUUUAUGGGGAGUUCCUGGGGCGCCUGAGAGAGAACCCACGCCUGGUGGCUUCCUGCCUGGUGGCUGGAGAGCGGCUGAGCCAGGAGCACGCUCAGGGCGUCAUCCACACUGUGUUCACCUCGCUCUAUGGCAACUGCAUCAUGCAGGAGGAUGAGAGCUACCUGCUGCAGGUUCUGCGCUACCUGGUGGAGUUUGAACUGAAGGAGAGUGACAACCCACGGCGACUGCUUCGCCGGGGCACCUGCGCCUUCAGUGUGCUCUUUAAGCUUUUCUCCGAGGGCCUGUACUCAGCCAAGCUCUUUCUGACGGCCACUCUGCAUGAGCCCAUUAUGCAGCUGCUGGUGGAAGAUGAGGACCACCUAGAGACGGACCCCGCCAAGCUGAUAGAGCGUUUCAUGCCAGCACAGCAGGAGCGCCUGUUUGGCGAGAAGGGUUCGGAGGCACAUCGACAGCGCGUACAGGCCGUGGUUGAGGCCAACGAGGCCAAGCUCGUGGCGCUAGUCAACAAGUUCAUCGGCUACCUGAAGCAGAACACCUACUGCUUCCCACACAGCCUGCGCUGGAUUGUGUCGCAGAUGUACAAGACGCUAUCGUGCGUGGAGCGGCUGGAGGUGGGCGAGGUGCGCACCAUGUGCACGGACUUGCUUCUCACCUGCUUCAUCUGCCCCGCCAUUGUUAAUCCUGAGCAGUACGGCAUCAUUUCGGACGCGCCCAUCAACGAGGUGGCCCGCUUCAACCUCAUGCAGGUGGGCCAACUGCUGCAACAGCUGGCAAUGGCUGAUGCAGAUGAAGGUGACCCCAGACGGAAGAGUAGCCUCUCUAAGUUUGACAAAAGCUGUGUUGCUGCUUUCCUGGAUGUUGUGAUUGGUGGCCGAGCUGUGGAGACCCCACCCAUGUCCUCCAUGAACCUACUAGAAGGCCUGACCAGGACAGCAGUUUAUAUAACGCAGAGUCAGCUCUUUGCACUGGUUGACUUUGUGCGCAGCGUGGUUCAGGGGGACCAGCUUCGGGAGGAGGAGCGUCUGGCACUGGAGAGCCUGCUGGCCAACAUCCCCAGAUCACGAGCAGCGAAGAGCAACAGCCUGGAGCUAACCCCCUCCAACACACCCCAGCUUUCCCCCGCCACCACACCCGCCAACAAGAAGAACCGGCUCCCCAUCGGACAGCAGUUAGCGGCCAUCACAUCCUGGGACCCCUCCACGGCUGCUCUGUCUGCACACAUUCCUUUAGUGACCCCGUUUGCUUCCCGUAGCCGCAGCCGCACAAACAUCGCGCAGGAGAGCGAACCUGAGGCCAGCUCCCAGGAGUCUCUGCAGGAGGUGAUGCCCGAGGAGGUGCUUGUGAUCUCACUAGGUACCGCCCCCCAAACCAUUCCAGGGAUGAUGUCCGAGAACGAGGUGCUGACAAUGCAGCUAGUGGACGGUGCUCAGGGUGAGACACCUGCCGAUGACACCAAGCUCCACGGGAAACCCGACAAAACGCUGCGCUUCUCCCUCUGCAGUGACAACCUGGAGGGCAUUUCUGAAGGGCCAUCCAACCGCUCCAACUCUGUGUCAUCCCUGGACCUGGAGGGUGAGUCGGUGUCGGAGCUGGGGGCUGGGCCACCGGGGAGCAAUGGGGCUGAGGCGCUGCAGCUACUAGAGCACGAGCAAGCCACCACUCAGGACAACCUGGAUGACAAGCUGCGCAAGUUUGAGAUCCGCGAUAUGAUGGGCCUGACAGACGACCGGGACAUCUCCGAGACGGUGAGCGAGACAUGGAGCACAGACGUGCUGGGCAGCGACUUCGACCCCAACAUGGACGAGGACCGCCUGCAGGAGAUCGCAGGGGCCGCUGUGGAGACCAUGCUGGGAAGCCUGCUGUGUUUGCCCGGGUCCGGCUCUGUUCUGCUUGACCCCUACGGGUCCACCAUCUCUGAGACAACAAGUGAGGCCUGGAGCGUUGAAGUCCUGCCCAGUGACUCAGAGGCCCCUGAUCUGAAGCAGGAGGAGAGGCUGCAGGAGCUGGAGAGCUGCUCAGGAGUGGGCAGCACAUCAGACGACACGGAAGUGCGUGAGGUCAGCUCUCGGCCCAGCACCCCAGGGCUCAGCGUAGUCUCAGGUAUUAGUGCCACUUCUGAGGACAUCCCCAACAAGAUGGAGGAUCUGCGCUCAGAGUGCAGCUCUGACUUCGGAGGGAAGGACUCCGUGACCAGUCCAGAUGGGGAGGAUUCAGCUCAUGGGGGACACCAUUUGACAUCACCCCCCUCACAGGCAGACUCCUUGCUGGCCAUGUUCGACCCCCUGUCCUCAGGAGAAGGCUCCUCCACAGGCACCAUUGUUAGACCCAAGGUGCACCACGCCCGACCAGCACACCCUCCUCCAGACCCACCGAUCCCAGAGACUUGUGUUGCGGCGCAGGAGCCGCGACACACCCAGUUCGCUCCACACGGCCCUGUGCAGGGGGAACCAGAGGCAACCAAGCCGCGUCACUCCUUCCCAGACAGGCUGGUGCGGAGCCGUAGCUCGGACAUCGUUUGCACGGGCCGUCGGCCCACCAGUGACCCUGGCCUGAAUCGGCGUACCACCAUUGAGGAUCGGGAGCAGGCCCCCUGCUUCUCCCUGGGACCCUCGUCCUCACCUAGCAAGGACUCGCUGAAAGGGGAGGAGGAGAGAAAAGACAGCGACGACGAGAAGUCAGACCGGAACCGUCCCUGGUGGAAGAAGCGCUUUGUCUCAGCCAUUCCAAAAGUGCUGUAUUGGACUGCUGACAGUGAAGUCACAGCUCCUAUAGCGGCGUUUCGGAAAAAGGACAAGCAGGAAAAGGAGGACAUGUGCCCUGAGCGCAUCCCACAAGAUGAGCCCGCACCCAGGCAUAACCGACAGGCCCAGGAAGCUGAGGACAUCCUGGACAAGUACAGAAACAUCAAACGCACCAGUCCCAGUGAUGGAGCUGCGGCUGCUGCGGCAUAUGACGGCCACGAGCCGUGCGGGACUGAGGGGGAGAGUGUACAUGGGUCACCCAGGGAAGAGGCGUUACAGAACAUCUCCACAGAUGACCUGCCUGACUCUGCCAGCCAGUCCGCCCAGCCUCAGGACUUCAAAUUCUCCUUUAGUGAUGCCAAGAAGAAGCUGAGGUUGGCACUGUGUUCUGCUGACUCUGUCGUUUUCCCCAUGAUGACGCCUGCCACUACGCGCAAUGGUUUGCCAGACCACACAGAUCCCGAAGACAAUGAGAUCGUCUGCUUCCUGAAGGUCCAGCUGGCAGAAGCUAUCAACCUGCAAGACAAGAACCAGAUGGCCCAGAUCCAGGAGACCACGCGCUGCGUGAGCCGAUUUGACUCGCGCACCUGCAGGAAGCUGCUGGCCGCCAUUGCCGACGACUACAGGAAGCGUGCGGCCUACAUCGCCUACCUGACACGGUGCCGCCAGGGCUUACAGACCACCCAAGCCCACCUGGAGCGGCUGCUGCAGCGCGUGCUGCGCGAUAAGGAGGUGGCGAACCGCUAUUUCACCACUGUGUGCGUGCGGCUGCUGCUGGAGCGCAUGGAGUCCAAGAUGCUGGACUUCAUCAACACAUUCCAGGGCUUCACAGCGGCUGAUGACAAGACAGCGGCCGUGGAGGAGUUUCUGCGCCAGCUGUACGGAGCGAUGGCCCACGAUGCCAUCUGGCAGUAUGCCAGCGAGGAGCAGCUGCAGGAUGCCCAGACGGCCAUCGAGCGCAGCGUCAUGAACCGCAUCUUCAAACUGGCCUUCUACCCCAACCAAGACGGGGACAUCCUGAGGGACCAGCUUCUGCAAGACCACAUCCAGCGCCUCUCCAAAGUGGUAACAGCCAAUCAUAAAGCCCUUCAAAUUCCGGAGGUGUACCUGAAGGAGGCACCGUGGCCAUCCGCGCAGUCCGAGAUCCAUACCAUUAGCGCCUACAAGACACCAAGGGACAAGGUCCAGUGUAUCAUGCGGAUGUGCUCCUCCAUUAUGAACCUGCUGAGCCUGGCCAAUGAAGACUCUGUGCCUGGUGCUGAUGAUUUUGUCCCUGUGCUCGUAUUCGUCCUCAUCAAGGCCAACCCGCCCUGCCUGCUGUCCACCAUCCAGUACAUCAAUAAUUUCUACACCAGCCGCCUGACUGGGGAGGAGAGUUACUGGUGGAUGCAGUUCACAGCGGCGGUGGAGUUCAUCAAGACCAUCGACGACCGCAAGUGAAGCGGAACCGCCACCUGCGCGCAGCAGACUGCGGGGACGGUGCAGCGGGGCGGCGGUCCGCUCACCGACCAACUGCUCCCCUCCUUCCCGCAAAUCCCGCCGACCGCAACUGCGCCACACACUCCCCUUCUGUAUAGCUGUACAUAGAGCAAGAGACAUUCAAAGAGGAAAAAUGUGAUCAUUGGAGAGAGCAAAUUUUAUGUUUUUCUGUAAAAAGAGGGUGUUACCCUUAACUCAUUUUGUUCCCCUUAAAUCUUCUCCAUCUCUUUUGAUCACAGUGGGCUGCUGCCUUCGAAUUUUAUAUAUUUAAAAAGAUGAGAAACUAUAGCUAUACAUAACUGAAAAUGAGAUCAAUCAGAUGAAAAGGGACCAUAGUUCAAAUUAAUGCGCCUUUUUUUUUUUUUUUUUCCUCUUUUGGGUGAGGUCUGCUAUGAGUGGGUGCAUGUGCUUAUGUGGAAAGGGGAUUCUUUACAGAAAUCUUUACGCUUUUUCUUUAUUGAGAUCCAGUUCAUAACUUGCACCUUAUUGGACCUAAUUGUUACAGCAUCAAGUUACUUGACUGAGCAAAAACCCACUUGCUCAUACAAUUUUCCAUCCAAAAUAGUAAAGUUUACUGUUGUUCCUUAAGAGUCAAUAAUUUGGCAGCUUUUUCCUUGAGUAGCAGAUGAGUACUUUUUCUUGCUCUCUCUGGUUCUCUGACCUUUCCCAGGUGUAGACCAUGUUUCAUUCAUCCUUUCCAAAAUCAAGUUCCCUUUCCUUAGUGGCAGCGUUCCUUUAUUUAUGUAUACUAUAUGUAUUUAUUGUUAACUCAUAUUUAAUGUUUUGCUAGUUCUUUUUCUUUCUUUUCCCCUUUUUUAGUUAGUGCAGGAUUUAUGUCCAUUCUUGAGGUGGCGGAAGCGAGGGGUUGGACAGGGCCCAUGUUCAGUGUGUUGUUGAGGCUGAGUGCGAUGCUGUGUAACCUCAGCUGACUUCCUAAACAUCAGGGAUCAGAUAUGCUCCACUCAGCCAGAUCCCGCAGCGCGCCCUGCAGCCAUCUCUCAAGCUGUCACUCAUUAUGAAGCAGUGCCUUGUGGAACUGACCUGUGCAAAGUGCCACGGUUGUGCGAGCAACGUGAACAUCCGGGAUCUGGGAUCUGGGGAUGUGUUGGGGGAUGUCAUCUCCCUCACCACCAAAGUCCCUCCCAACAAAAUUGUCCCAGUCAUGUGAGCUGUUACCCUCAUAGCCAUCAACCAUUCGUCAGGUUCUUGCAAAGUCCUGGUCAUUGUUUUAGGCUGCUUUUUCAGAUUGCUUUUCUUCAGUGUGGCUCCUUGUUUACCUCUAGGUUCCAUAAGUGCUCAGUCAGUGUAGAAUGAAAGCAUUUAAAGGAAAUGUUAAACAUUUAUUUUUAUUUGGGAGAUUUUUGAAAUCUGGCAUGAGUUUCAAAAGACUUUCCAUAAAUUACAGUCUCUUCGGUCAUCACAGGAGGUGAGGGCACAUUUGGUCUCUUGUUGCACUAUUCUUAACAAGGCUCAUUGUCGUUAAAGGUCAUGGUUUCAUUCAACUGAAACAUCUCCAUCCUGGUGGUCCUGUGAAGAAAACUUAUCCUCAGUUGAGCAAAUUGGUUGUUGAGUAUCGUUCCAUGCUGUAUGUUUACGUUAUCAGAGUGGCAUUUAAAAUGACAGACUAGUCAACAUGAGGUGCUGUGUCACCCAUUAAUAUAAGAUGUAAAUAUAUCAGCAUGCAAACACUGAUUUAAUUAAAACUCUACCUCCUUGCAAGGUUAAGAAAAGGGACUGUUAAAAAUUAUAUUGUACACUGCUGCUUUUUCUUCCUUUUUUUUUAAUUUUUUUUGAAGUGGUGUGGGGAUUACGGAAAUUUUGUCUUUAUUUUCACUUACUUCUGCAAAAAUGGAAACGGGAAGCUGCUUGGUAAAUUGUGGAUCGCCAUGAUGCUGCCCGUCUGAGUCACAGCUUCGUUCCAGUCGCAGCUACAAGAACGUUGGCAAUAGGAACGCUACUUCUGACGUUUAUUUGCACUUUUACUAACAUCUAUCUUUAGUUGUGUUCUGUAACUUCUUUUUCCCCAUUGUGUUAAAGUAUAACACAAACUGGUAUCCUCUAGUUGAGGUAGUGAUGUAACCCUCCCCGGGUUACUACAAAACAGUUUUCUGUUUUAGGAAGAAAAGGAGGAAAAAGAUCAAUGUGCAAUGCCUUUUUCACGCAUCAUUUACGAAAGCCAGAUUGAAUCAAACCUACCCAUUAGCCAGGUUUUUUUUUUUUUUUUUUAUAUGUAUUUAUUUACUUCUUGGUUUAUUUGUUUUCCAAAGUGGAGGAUUAUUCAGCAAGAAGCAGAAUGUGGUGUUUUCUGUACAACAGGACACAGGUUUUCUUUCUUAACAUUCUCUUGGUCAUGCUUUCGUUUUGUUUUGUUUAAAGGUAGAUAAGUAGAAAUACAAAGCUGCUGUUUUUUUAAUUGUAUAUACAUAGACAUUUUGCUUCAUUGCUGAAAAGUUGCUAUGCAUACUGUGUCCUGAAGAAUUGCAUUGAACAUUCGAUUGUAAGUGGAUGUGUGAAAGGUCAAAAACAAAACAUUUGUUCAAAUGUAGACAUACUUGGAUUACACUCAACUCCAGGUUAUAUAGUUGGAAGCCCCCCUGAUUUGUAGAAGUUCCUUUGUAAUAUGUUCGACUUCCUUUUCAAAGCAAAUCACUGGGAAAUGUACAACAUGUCAGGUGGAGUUCAUGCCAAAACUCAAGAUCUGCAAGUGGUCAGUCACACGUGGACUACGCAGAGUGUUUUUGUCUGCUGUAAGGUUAUGGUCACCUUUCAUUUGCUGGGACCUCCUGAGAUGGUUUUCAAAGCUUGUGAUCAGCUAAUCAAUUUGGUGACACAGGGUUUUCUGGUUUUAGGUGCUUAGAAAACAUCUCCACAGACAUUACCAGUAAUGCAACUCUAGAUGAUAGCAUUGAGUGCAGUAGUUUUGGAUAGUUUGGUUAUGGUGUCUUCAGUAAACAAAGACUUAAAACAAGUACAACAAAAAUGUAGAUCCUUUUGCUGCUUUUGUACUUUUGAAAACGAGUGACAUGCUCACAAAGUAUAAAUUAUGCUAGGAUUCAGGCUGGGGAAUCAGACUGCAUGUACAGUGUUUAGGGUAAACUCCUGCAGGUGCUCGCUGCAAACGGAAUUCCAAUUUCAAGAGCAAUUGAUCAACAGUUAAACAUACGUUUCCUUAACAAUAAUGCAUAGAUAAUUUAGCACCAUGACUUGUCACUCAACAUAAAGUGACUGCUAGCACCAAGAUACCAUUUACAACCUGUUGGCAUAACCUGUCAAGUAACCCAACAGCAAAUGGAAACAGGAAAAACAUAAUUUUACAUCCCAUAUGCGAUAUAACAAUCUGAAUUCAGGUUUUGAUGUCUGGCCAUAAUCCAGUAUAGCACAUACGUAGAAAUUUGCUGUUGCAAACCAAUAAUUGAUGCAAACAUAUUGAGAAACAGAUUGCUGUGAGUGUGUACAUUGGUGUGAAUGUAUGCCUCAGUGCAAUGUUUAAUACUCAACAUUAAAUUUAGACUAACUUAACGGUUUGAUGUUCCUCUGUUCUGUGGGGGAAGAAGGCUAAGUAAAAACAGUGAAAGAAGCAUUUUAACCCAUAUAGAUUAAUAUUUCAUAAUAUGGUGCAUAUUGGGGAAAAUAUAUCCUGACU